AUGCUCCUGGCUGCCCUGUCCUGCCUGCUGUGGAGUUUCCAGACCUCCGCCGGCCACUUCCCUCGAGCCUGUGCCUCCUCCAAGAGCCUGACAGAGAAGGAGUGCUGCCCGCCCUGGGCGGGCGACGGGAGCCCCUGCGGCCGGCUCUCGGGCAGGGGCUCCUGCCAGGACGUCGUGCUGUCCGCGGCGCCACUCGGACCUCAGUUUCCCUUCACCGGGGUGGACGACCGCGAGUCUUGGCCCUCCAUCUUUUAUAACAGAACCUGCCAGUGCUUUGGCAACUUCAUGGGAUUCAAUUGCGGAAGUUGUAAGUUUGGAUUUCGGGGACCCGGCUGCACAGAACGGCGACUUCUGGUGAGAAGAAACAUCUUUGAUUUGAGUGUCCCGGAGAAGAACAAAUUUCUUGCCUAUCUCACUUUGGCAAAACAUACCACCAGCCCAGACUACGUCAUCCCCACGGGCACCUCUGGCCAAAUGAAUCAUGGAGCAACACCCCUGUUUAAUGACGUCAGUGUUUAUGACCUCUUUGUCUGGAUGCAUUAUUAUGUGUCAAGGGACACGCUGCUUGGGGACUCUGAAGUCUGGAGAGACAUUGAUUUUGCUCAUGAAGCCCCGGGUUUUCUGCCUUGGCAUAGACUCUUUCUGCUGCUGUGGGAACAGGAAAUCCAGAAGCUGACCGGGGAUGAGAACUUCACCAUUCCAUACUGGGACUGGAGAGAUGCAGAAAACUGUGACGUUUGCACAGAUGAGUACAUGGGAGGGCGCAACCCUGCAAACCCUAAUCUACUCAGCCCAGCAUCCUUCUUCUCCUCUUGGCAGAUCGUCUGCAGCAGACUGGAGGAGUACAACAGUCGCCAGGCUUUAUGCAACGGGACGUCUGAGGGACCAUUACUGCGCAAUCCUGGAAACCACGACAAAGCCAGGACCCCGAGGCUCCCCUCCUCGGCUGAUGUGGAGUUUUGCUUGAGUUUGACCCAGUAUGAAUCAGGUUCCAUGGAUAAAGCUGCCAACUUCAGCUUUAGAAAUACACUGGAAGGAUUUGCUAAUCCGCUUACUGGGAUAGCAGAUGCCUCUCAAAGCAGUAUGCACAAUGCCUUGCACAUCUACAUGAACGGAACGAUGUCCCAGGUACCAGGAUCUGCCAAUGAUCCCAUCUUCCUUCUUCAUCAUGCGUUUGUUGACAGUAUUUUUGAACAGUGGCUUCGAAAGUAUCGUCCUCUUCAAGAUGUUUAUCCAGAAGCUAAUGCACCCAUUGGACACAACCGAGAAUCCUACAUGGUCCCUUUCAUCCCGCUCUACAGAAAUGGCGACUUCUUCAUUUCAUCCAAGGAUCUGGGCUACGACUACAGCUACCUACAAGAGUCAGAACCGGACAUUUUUCAAGAUUACAUUAAGCCCUACUUAGAACAAGCACGUCAAAUCUGGCCAUGGCUCAUUGGGGCAGCUGUGGUUGGGUCGGUCCUUACUGCUGUACUGGGAGGACUUACUAGCCUGUUAUGUCGUCGAAAGAGAAACCAGCUUCCUGAAGAAAAGCAGCCCCUGCUCAUGGAAAAAGAAGAUUACCACAAUUUGUUGUAUCAGAGCCGUUUAUGA